UCUGUCGAGAGUCCCCAACGCCACCGUCGUUUCUGUUGUAGGGUAAACUGCAUUCUCCUGGCACUCGAAUCCGAAUCAAAUAUCUCGCCGCCGAUAUGUCUCAGGUUGACAACAGAAAUUCUUCAGCAGCCAAGCGUGCUAGAACCGAUGGUAGUAGAAGGGAAGAUGAUUGGACCUGCCCUAGCUGUGGAAAUGUUAAUUUUUCCUUUAGAACUACUUGCAAUAUGCGUAAUUGCACUCAGCCAAGGCCAGCGGAUCAUAACUCAAAAUCUGCUGCUAAGCCUUUCCAAGCCCCACAAGGUUACUCAUCUGCUGCUCCCUAUGUGGGUUCUGCUGCACCCUCUUCAAUGUAUCUUGGUGUCCCACCAUAUGGUUCCUCUCUCUUCAAUGGAUCAUCUAUUCCACCCUAUGAUGUUCCAUUUUCUGGGGGAUCAGCAUAUCAUUACAACUACGGCAGCCGCCUGUCUACGGGCAGCCCCUACAGACCUCUGCAUUUGUCUGGACCAACACCUUAUUCUAGCGGAUCCAUGAUUGGAAAUGGUGGAAUGUAUGGUAUGCCCCCUAUGAUGGAACGGUAUGGCCUAGGUCUGCCCAUGGGCCCUGGUCCUAUGGGGCCAAGGCCAGGAUUCUAUCCAGAUGAUAAAUCUCAAAAGAAGGGCGCAGAUGCUACACGUGAUAAUGAUUGGACAUGCCCAAAAUGUGGAAACAUCAACUUCUCAUUUAGAACUGUUUGCAACAUGAGGAAGUGCAAUACCCCAAAGCCUGGAUCUCAGCAGGCUGCAAAGAAUGACAAAAAUUCUAAGCAAAAAAUGCCAGAAGGUAGCUGGAAGUGUGAGAAAUGUAAUAACAUAAACUAUCCAUUCAGAACAAAGUGUAACAGACAGAACUGUGGAGCAGACAAACCAGCCGAGUCAAAGAAGUCCCCUUCACCUGCCCCGGAUGAAAAUGAUCAGUGCACCGGUUAAUUUAUAAUUGUCUACUGUUCCAGUGAGUACUAGGACAUAUUUGAGGGUUGAGAAGGUCCAGAGUUGUCAUCCAGCAUUGCUCAAUAUGGGUGUCUGAAAGUCAGUCUUGUCGUCGUCAUGUUGCAGCGGUUAUCGAGUUACUCUACCUUUUCAUGAUCUGUGUCAAGUUGUAUUAACUGGUAUGGUAUUUGUGGUCUUUGUGGAUCAUACAAUGCAUUUUGUGUCAGCCAGUACCUUCUGGCAAAGAUUUUACAGGUUGGUUCUGGUUUCUAUGAGUUAGACCCUUUACUUUUGGAAUCAACUCAUCUAUUCUGGUGGGUAUGUUACCGCGUAAGAUAUGUUACCAGUUGGCUAAAAAGGUUACUGUAGUCUGCUUUUUUUUUUCUUUUUUUCUUUCUGGUUUUCAUAUGAUGUCAAAUUGUCUCUAUGUCAUUGAAGUAUCUAUGAUUUAACAGAUGCUUCUGUUAGAAGCAUAUGAAGCCCCCAGGUUUGGUUGAUUAGGUCUCAUGGUGUUAGAACUGGGGAUAGAAGGUUUGUUGAUUGUAAGGGGUGAGCAGGUAGUUCUUUUUUGAGUUGCCCAUUCCUCGUCCUGGUAGUUUCACAUCAUUAGUCGUCAUUAGUCUUGUGGCCUUCAAAUUAACGUGACCCGAAAGAAGUCAACAGGAGGCAUUUUGCUUGUCUUUCUGGAGAGGUAGCAUUAGAUUUCAUGCCCUACUUGUCAGGCUGUUGAUUGCCCUAUUAUACAUCUUUCCUUGUGUUUGUUGCCUCGACAAAAUAUAGAUUUCUCAUAUACAACAAAGAAAUUGGUCCUUAUUGCGUAUGGGUUGGUCCUUAUUGCGUAUGGGUCUUCCUUUUGGUGCAAGUCUGAAGAUUCUGAGUGAAAUUUGAUUAAUUUGAGCAUACCAGAUCAUUUUCAAAAAAAGAGAUAAAUUUCCUGGUUUUGGUUUAUUUAAAUAUGUUGCAUCUUUGUGCUAUGGAGGCAUUGGUUCUUGCUACAUAUACUUGAAGUUUCUGGCCACGCAAUAUUAGGGAUUAGGUGAUUCUAUUCACAGUUAAUAACACCUAGUUAUUCCUCACAUUCGGAUUUCAGAUCUAGUUCUUCCCCACUUAACAUACUCUAAUGACAUUGUUAUUAUAUCUUUUUGAACUUAAAAUGAACCAAGCCGAUUUCUUCGCAAUUUUUUAUAGUUACUUUUACAAAAGAAUUUGAGGUAUUUUUUCCUUUUAACAAUAUAGGAUAGCGCUGGGCACAAUAUUCUCUCUCUUUCUUUUUGGGGUUUAAUAGCAUGAUGGCCGGUAGGAGAAAUUACAUGUAACGGAGAUAUAGAGACAUACUGGGAUAUAUUCCAGUGACAGGUAAGCGUUUUCUCAUGUCGGUGAGCUCAUUUUUACAAUUUACAUUUACUAUUUUCCACACAAGGAGUUGUUGGAGUUGGUUCUUGGAAGACGAAGUUGCAGACUAGACAGAAGGUGUGGGCAGACGCUGGUGGCUGCCUUAGCAUGAGUCGGCGCCAC